AGGGUAUCAGCUGGUUAUCUCUGCCAUUUGGUAACCCAUUUUUUCUUCCUGGAGCAAAAGCUGUCGCAAAGCUUCAUAUGUAAAUACAAGGCAAACAUUACAGAGAUAGUCCAACGCAUCGUCUGCUUUUGCUUUGAUUUCAUUGGCGUAGUUUCGUAUUCCCCAUACGUAAAGUACCCACCAUCAGUUGAGUAAGCUGACUCUGAACAAUGAGUCAACAAUGGCUCGUGUACCCGUGCUUUAUUCACUUGUACCUGCGUGGCUAGAAGUUGAUGAUUGACGAUUGUUUAAUCGACGAUAUUACUAUUGAAGUUUAGAUAAAUCACCUGCCUUGCUUCAAAAUGCCAGAAACCCCUGAAACCAUCAAAGUCCGCACCACGCUGCCUAAGCGGCCACUGCCGUCAAACUCACAGCGCGCAGUCAUCAAGACCGCACGAUUGACGGUGCGCCAUUUCAUCCAGGACGACGUACACGGCAUACAUAUACUUCGUACGCAACCUGAAGUCAUGGUCAGGACGGCCGUCGGUCUCAUCGAUAAAGACCUGGCAGAGACCCAAGCUAAACUUGAUCACUUUCUACCGCCCAAGGACGAAGUUACAUUCAACUACGCUAUAUGUCUGACGGAGACGGGGGAGACUAUCGGUAUGGGCGGCAUGCACAGAAUGGAAUCAGGCUUCGGGUGGCCCGAGGUUGGCUAUAUGCUGAAGCGGGAACAUUGGGGGAAGGGUUAUGCGACAGAGUUCAUGAAGGCAUUUGUGGAAUCGUACUGGGAGUUGGAGAGGGAGGAAGUCGACAUCGAUGUUGACGUAAUGUCUGUCAAUGUGAAGGAGAAUGUCCAAGGAGUGCAAACUGUGCCUGAGUUACUGAUUGCGGUUGUCGCGGUAAAUAACCCUGGAAGUUUAAAGGUUCUGGAAAAGACAGGCUUUGAAACGUUCAAGACUUGGACAGAGCCGGAUAGUCGGGCUGGCUUUGAAGGCUUGGACAUCGCGCUGAUCGGACUUGCUGUUACAAAAGAGAUAGCUUAAGUACAACAACAUUUAUUGUGCACAUCAAAUCCAAACCCGCAUAUCACUCAUCUUCAGUUAUCAACUUGGCAACUAUACACACACCUUUAAUCACAGAACUCUACUACGACACACAUCGUUAACAAGUAAUGGAAUUCUAGCACG